CCCCCCGGUUGCUCCCGGGAGCCUCCAAUGCCCUGACUCCCUCCAAUGUCACCUACGGUCCCCUUGGCCUCCGCCCCGACAGAAACUUUAAUGCAAAGGAAAAGCCUGGACUGGUUUCACAGGCCUUUUAAAAAGCGGACUUGAAAAGUUGCUGGCAACGCAUUCCUUGUCGCCGGAGUCGAGGGCAAGCUCUCGCUGAAGCCCGGGUGACCCGGGUCCUUUUCCGGAGCGCAGGGUAGGGAAGCAGGAGCGGCAGCUGGUUGGGCAGGAAACUUGCUGGGAAACGAAGAAACUGAGAUAGGGGGUGACUUCCACAGGAGAAGUUCUGGAGAAGCAUCCAGAGACCAUCAACAUUCCCUUUAUGUGUGGGAAUCGAAAUGACUUUAGUGUUACUGACCCUUCUACGAGCAUCCCUGUGAAUGUUUGUUUUUCUUCUUGAAAAGACAGAAACUUACUCAGCCAGUAAAAGACACUUAAACUCAAGGAACUUUUGGGUAGCACUGCAAGUCAGGUUACUUCAGACUGAUAAACUGCAGAAGUGAUUGGAACUCCUGUUUACAUAUGUCCAUCUAAAAAACUGCUUCCUUUGGUUACCGAAGAUGUCCUUUUUUUUCUUUUUUUUUUUUUUUGUGAUUGACCUCAAUUACUGACUCGUGGAGAUCGGGUGAAUGUGAAAUCCCACAUAUAUACUGUUUUCCUUCCAAGCCCACUGACCAUUCUGGAAGAUCUCGAACCCUCUUCUGGAAAGGGGUGCCUAUCAUUACUUUAUGGGGCAGCAGCCUGGCAAAGUUCUUGGGGACCAAAGAAGGCCAAGUUUGCCCGCCCUGCACUUUAUCAAAGGAGCAGGGAAGAAGGAGUCAUCGAGGCAUGGGGGUCCACACUGCAAUGUUUUUGUGGAACACGAAGCCCUUCAGAGGCCAGUAGCAUCUGACUUUGAGCCCCAAGGUCUCAGUGAAGCAGCCCGUUGGAACUCCAAGGAAAACCUUCUUGCUGGCCCCAGUGAAAAUGACCCCAACCUUUUCGUUGCACUGUACGAUUUUGUGGCCAGUGGGGACAAUACCCUCAGCAUAACUAAAGGUGAAAAGCUCCGGGUUUUAGGAUACAAUCACAAUGGGGAAUGGUGUGAAGCCCAAACCAAAAAUGGCCAAGGGUGGGUUCCAAGCAACUACAUCACACCAGUCAACAGUCUGGAGAAACAUUCCUGGUACCAUGGGCCUGUGUCCCGCAACGCAGCCGAAUACCUGCUGAGCAGUGGGAUCAACGGCAGCUUCUUGGUCCGGGAAAGCGAGAGCAGUCCUGGCCAGAGGUCCAUCUCACUGAGAUAUGAAGGGAGGGUGUACCACUACAGGAUCAACACUGCUUCUGAUGGCAAGCUCUACGUCUCCUCAGAGAGCCGCUUCAACACCUUGGCGGAGUUGGUUCAUCAUCACUCGACUGUGGCAGACGGGCUCAUCACCACUCUCCAUUACCCAGCUCCCAAGCGCAACAAGCCCACUGUCUACGGCGUGUCCCCCAACUACGACAAGUGGGAGAUGGAGCGCACGGACAUCACCAUGAAGCACAAGCUGGGUGGAGGCCAGUACGGGGAGGUGUACGAGGGUGUAUGGAAGAAAUACAGCCUGACAGUAGCUGUGAAGACCUUGAAGGAGGACACCAUGGAGGUGGAAGAGUUCUUGAAAGAAGCUGCAGUAAUGAAAGAGAUCAAGCACCCUAAUCUAGUACAGUUACUCGGUGUCUGCACCCGGGAGCCCCCGUUCUAUAUAAUCACUGAGUUCAUGACCUAUGGGAACCUGUUGGAUUACCUGAGAGAGUGUAACCGGCAGGAGGUGAACGCUGUGGUGCUGCUGUACAUGGCUACUCAGAUCUCAUCAGCCAUGGAGUACCUGGAGAAGAAAAACUUCAUUCACAGAGAUCUUGCUGCCCGAAACUGCCUGGUAGGGGAGAACCACUUGGUGAAGGUGGCUGAUUUCGGCCUGAGCAGAUUGAUGACAGGGGAUACCUACACAGCCCACGCUGGAGCCAAGUUCCCGAUCAAGUGGACAGCACCAGAAAGCCUGGCCUACAACAAGUUCUCCAUCAAGUCUGACGUCUGGGCAUUUGGAGUCUUGCUUUGGGAAAUUGCUACCUAUGGCAUGUCACCUUACCCAGGAAUUGACCUGUCCCAGGUGUAUGAGCUGCUAGAGAAGGACUAUCGCAUGGAGCGCCCAGAAGGCUGCCCAGAGAAGGUCUACGAACUCAUGCGAGCAUGUUGGCAGUGGAAUCCCUCUGACCGGCCCUCCUUUGCUGAAAUCCACCAAGCCUUUGAAACAAUGUUCCAGGAAUCCAGCAUAUCAGAUGAAGUGGAAAAGGAACUGGGGAAAAAAGGUGUACGAGGGGUUGCAAGUACUUUGCUGCAGGCCCCAGAGCUACCCACCAAGACAAGAACCUCCAGGAGAGCUGCAGAACAUAAAGACCCCACUGAUGUGCCUGAGACGCCCCACACCAAGGGCCCAGGAGAGACUGAUCCCCUGGAUCACGAGCCUCCUGUGUCUCCACUGCUCCCUCGAAAAGAACGGGGUCCCCAAGACAGCAGCCUAAAUGAAGAUGAGCGCCUUCUCCCCAAAGACAAAAAGACCAACUUGUUCAGUGCCUUGAUCAAAAAGAAGAAGAAAACGGCCCCAACACCCCCAAAACGCAGCAGCUCCUUCCGGGAGAUGGACGGCCAGCCCGAGCGCAAGGCAGCCGUUGAGGAGGAGGGCCGAGAAACCAGCAAUGGGGUGCCAGCCCUCACCACCCUGGACGCAGCCGAGCCAGCCAAGUCCCCAAAGCCCAGCAGCGGGGCGGGUGUCCCGAAUGGAGCCUUCCGGGAGUCGGGGGGACCAGGCUUCCGGUCUCCCCACCUGUGGAAAAAGUCCAGUACACUGACCAGUAGCCGCCUGACCGCCAAUGAGGAGGAGAGUGGCGGCAGCUCCAGCAAGCGCUUCCUGAGGUCCUGCUCGGCCUCAUGUGUGCCCCACGGGGCCAAGGACACAGAGUGGAGGUCUGUCACGCUGCCUCGGGAUCUGCAGUCCACAGGGAGGCAGUUCGACUCGUCCACAUUUGGAGGGCACAAGAGCGAGAAGCCAGCUCUGCCUCGGAAACGGGCGAGUGAGAAUAGGUCUGACCAGGUGACCAGAGGCACAGUGACCCCCCCACCCCGGCUGGUGAAAAAGACUGAGGACGCAGCAGAUGAGGUCUUUCGAGACAUGGGGGAGUCCAGUCCAGGCUCCAGCCCUCCCAGUCUGACUCCAAAACUCCUCCGCAAGCAGGUGUCGGGGGCUCCUUCCUCCAGCCUUCCCCACAAAGACGAGGCCGGGAAGUCCAGUGCCUUGGGGACCCCUACCACAGCUGAGCUGGGGACCCCUGCCAGCAGAGGAGGGCCAGGGAUGUCCGGAGGGGCCAGCAAGGCCCCCGCAGAGGAGCCCAGAGCCAGGAGGCACAAGCCCUCCUCCGAGUCCCCAGGGAGAGACAAGGGGAAACUGUCCAAGCUCAAACCUGUCCCACCGCCCCCACUACCAGCUUCCAUUGGGAAAGCCGGGAAGCCUUCUCAGAGCCUGAGCCAGGAAGCAGCUGGGGAGGCCAGCACUGGUGGGAAAGCCAAAGCCGCAGCAGUGGUUGUGGAUGCUGUGAACAGUGACACCGUCAAGCCCGGUCUGCUGGGAGAAGGCGUCAAAAAGCCCGUGCUCCCAUCCAUGCCAAAGCCGCAGUCGUCCGGCAAGCCGGCGGGGACCCCAGCCAGCCCGGCUUCCGCCCCUUCCACGCUGUCAUCCGCAUCCUCUGCCCUGGCUGUGGACCAGCCAGCCUCCACUGCCUUCAUCCCUCUCAUAUCAACCCGUGUGUCUCUUCGGAAAACCCGCCAGCCUCCUGAGCGGAUCGCCAGUGGCACCAUCACCAAGGGUGUGGUCCUGGAUGGCACGGAGGCUCUGUGCCUCGCCAUCUCUAAGAACUCCGAGCAGAUGGCCAGCCACAGCGCUGUACUUGAAGCCGGCAAGAAUCUCUACACAUUCUGUGUGAGCUACGUGGAUUCUAUCCAGCAAAUGAGGAACAAAUUCGCCUUCCGUGAGGCCAUCAACAAACUGGAGAAUAAUCUCCGGGAACUUCAGAUCUGCCCGGCGACAGCAGGGAGUGGCCCGGCGGCCACUCAGGACUUCAGCAAACUCCUCAGCUCCGUGAAGGAGAUCAGUGACAUCGUGCAGAGGUAGCAGAAGCCAGGCAUCAGGCCAGCUGGAGCCGCCUACAGUGUGUGAGGCUGCCCCAUGCCUGCCACAGUGGCUGACACAGACCAGAGAGUUGGGACGUUGGCCGGGGAGCUCCAUGUGAAAGGAGCUGAGAGGGUCACUGUGGAGCACAGCCCUACUACCUAACAUUUUGCGCCAGCUGUUUUUCUGCACUUUUCCUGUCCCCAGCCCAGGCUCCCUGAACCACCUCUGUCCUGAGUUCUAUCUGUGGGGUUCCUGCUCUGUGGACUCCAGUUGGCCCGCCAGCCUCUUCCCCAUGCCGUGCUCCAGAACUGAGCUCUUCAGGCCAGGUGGGAAAGCGGAUGAGCAUUUCCUUUUCUCUCUUGUUUCCAGAGGCCUUCUUCUGGCCAUGCCAUCUCCUCCACUUCCCCCCAAGAGCGAGUGCCCUGCACAGGAGCCUUGUCAUCAAGGCCUAGGAACUAUCCCUUCCACUUACCGCAUGGAGGCAGCCUGCACUCCUCUUCUGGUGCCUCCUGCACUGAAGACAUGUUUCCAGAACUAUAUCCUGGGAAAUGCUGUCACUCUGCCUUCCAUUGCUGCCGGGGGCUGGUGCCCUCACACUUCCUCAUAUGAAGGACAGCUCUUGAUUUGGGGGUUAAAACAGGGUGCUAAAACCAACCAGCCUUUGGGUCCUAGGACAGGUGGGGGAGCUGAAGAGGCCUUUGGGGUGGGAGGUUGUCCUUGUUAUCUGUUCUUUCAGCUCCUUGCUGUCUUGUGACAUGCACUGCUCAUCCUGGAUAGAAAGCUUGAGUCUUAAGGGUAGGAGGGGUUGCAGUCAAAGAACAGGGGAGUUGGAGGGGGGGUGCUCCCUGGGUGAACAGCUGGUGGCCUAGGGCUGGGCCUAGGGCAGGUCUGCCACGGGCCCAGGUCACCUUCCUUUCAGAUUUCCAGGUACUCAGAAAAGCCACUUGGUCUUGAUUUCUGACCGACCUCCUCCUCCUCCCUUGCACUCCUCUGAGACAGAGUAGAUUGAUGCAAAACUCUUUCCUGUGUGACAAGCCAGUCCUUAGUUUUCUGGAGUUCUUGAAGCAUUUCAUGGCUCCGCCCUCAGCCCAGCCACCCUCGGUACAGUAGGACCUGCCAUCUGCCACCAGAGCACGGGAGGAUGAGGACUGUGGAUCCAAAGCCUCAGCCACUGUUGGCCGUGCACUAAGGGGCAGACGUCCUAUUAAAUGACCGUGAGCAGCAUGGAGUCCCCUGUUUCUGUUGGGGUUAUCAGGGAUGAAGAAGACCAUAAUCAAGUGAAGCUCCAGAAAGUGUCUCAAAGAGCAGGCAUUGGUCUCUCCCCAGGCGGCCCCGGACCAUCUUGACCUUGACCUAGAGCAGCUACUGAAGAGCAGACAGGCACCUUCCUGGGCCUCAUGCCAAGCCUGGGAGCAGCCCUUGGAGAAACCAAGACAACCACCUUCCACCCCCACACCUUCUCAUGCCAUGACCGCACACAGGCCCCGUUUUUAAUGCUCCUUGCCUAAACUUGUAUUUUGUUUCUCUGGUAGAGAUGGUUUCCUCUGGAUCAAUUUACGCUGUCCUCACAGUGCAUCACCUCUUCCCCCCCCGCCCCCCCGCCCCCCCAGGCUGCUUCUGUUAGGCAGACUGAGGGAGGUGCUCAAACAUCACCAGCGGCCUUGCAGACAAAGUAAAACAGACCCCACCCAGGUUCCCACCAACUGCCCUUCUAUGAGGUACUGGUUUCUCUCUGUUCACAUGAUGUGCCACUAUAUUUUGCAUUUAUAUCUUGGUAUUACACUCUUUUGUAGACUUGCUCUUUUAUAAAUGACAUGUAAAUAGUUUUCCACUAUUCUCCCUUCUCAACUAUGGGGCCUUUUUUUUUUUUUUUUUUUUUUUUUUUUGGUCCAGUACAUUUUUUUUUCUGUAUAUGACUCUGUUUUUUGAAUCCACAUCUCUCCGUAGUAUUUUUUAAAUAAAUGUUUACAACAUUAA